AUGCAGAUGGAACGGAACCACUCCUCCGCUGCAAGCUUAUUUGAAGGGAAGAUAUAUGUGGCAGGUGGUCUCGAAGACGAACACAUCGCUUCCUCCAGAUGGACAGAAGUGUUUGAUAUAGAGACCCAAACUUGGGGAUAUGUGAGGAACCCUUGUAUUUUCGAGUGGUCAGAUGAGUUUAGGAGUAAGCCCUAUGUGGUUAAAAGCUUGAUACUUGAAGGUAAACUUUACCUGUUUGGGGACUCGCCUGCGGUUUACAAUCCCGAGGAUGGUAGAUGGUGGGAAGUGAUAAGAGAGGAACGAUACAGUAUGUCUUGGGGAGUGAAGUCUUGCCAUUGUGUUGUAGAUGAUGUCUUGUUCUAUUGGGAUAAAAAAGUGUUCCAAUGGUAUGACCGUAAGGUUAGUUCAUGGAAGGAGUUGAAAGGUCUUGAAGGGUUGCCUGAUUUUCGCGACCGUGAGGGUUGCAAAAUGGUUGAUUUUGGUGGGAAGAUAGCGUUUUUUUGGUCCGAGUGUUUGCCUAGAAAGAGGCCUCCGCAUACUAUGAUUUGGUGUGUUGAGAUUACGCUUGAAAGGCGCGAUGGAGAUGAGUUUUGGGGGAAGGUUGAGUGGUUUGACUUUGUGCUAAGAGCCCACCCGUCUUGUUCCUCGUUCGAUGUUUUGUCUGUUUCUGUUUGA